CAUGUUAGGAGGUGUACGCCUCCUGAACUAAAGAUAGAAACAGCUGGCCCUUCCAGGCAGCUAAAAGCCUCCUGACUAAGAGGUGUUCCCCACUCGGCAGCCAGACUCCUUGAAACACCCUUUCAGUAAUUCUACCAACGCCUCCAUGUCUCUACUCUGCCAUAACAAAGGCUGUGGGCAGCACUUUGACCCCCAAACCAACCUUCCUGAUUCCUGUUGCCAUCAUCCUGGGGUCCCCAUCUUCCAUGAUGCACUUAAGGGUUGGUCCUGCUGCCGGAAGCGAACUGUAGAUUUCUCUGAGUUCUUAAACAUCAAGGGCUGUACUGUGGGACCACACUGUGCUGAGAAGCUCCCUGAGACCCCUCAACCUGAGGGCCCUGCCACAAGCAGUUCACUUCAGGAGCAAAAACCUCCGAAUACGAUUCCAAAGUCAGCAGAGACUUUGCGCCGGGAGAGGCCCAAGUCAGAGUUGCCUCCAAAGCUGCUUCCGCUAAAUAUAUCCCAAGCCCUGGGAAUGGCACUGGAAAAGAAGGAAUUAGACCAAGAACCUGGAGCAGGACUUGACAGUAGUCUGAUCCAGACUGGUGCCAGCUGCCAGAACCCAGGAUGUGAUGCUGUUUACCAAGGCCCGGAGAGUGAUGCUACUCCAUGUACCUACCACCCAGGAGCACCUCGAUUCCAUGAGGGGAUGAAAUCUUGGAGUUGUUGUGGUAUCCAGACCCUGGAUUUUGGGGCAUUCCUGGCACAGCCAGGGUGCAGAGUUGGUAGACAUGACUGGGGGAAGCAGCUGCCAGCGUCUUGCCGUCAUGAUUGGCACCAGACAGAUUCCUUAGUAGUGGUGACUGUAUACGGUCAGAUUCCACUUCCUGCGUUCAACUGGGUGAAGGCCAGUCAAACUGAGCUUCAUGUCCACAUUGUCUUUGAUGGUAACCGUGUGUUCCAAGCACAGAUGAAGCUCUGGGGGGUCAUAAACGUGGAGCAGAGCUCUGUCUCCUUGAUGCCAUCUCGGGUUGAAAUCUCCCUGGUCAAGGCUGACCCAGGAUCCUGGGCCCAGCUGGAGCACCCCGAUGCACUGGCUGAGAAGGCUAAGGCAGGGGUUGGGUUAGAGAUGGAUGAGGAAGAAUCUGAGGAUUCAGAUGAUGACCUGAGCUGGACAGAGGAGGAGGAAGAGGAGGAAGUGAUGGGGGAAUAGUGACACCAGACAGUCAAGUGCCUAGAUAGGACCUCAGUGACUCCCUUAGGAUCUCAGAGACCAGGAUAUGGUUGGCCAUGUGGUGUCAUUGAGCAGCAGGAGGCAGAAGGAGUGGAGAACAAAAGUGUCCCAACCAUUCUGUUUUUUUCCCUUAAAUAAAUCUUGUAUUCUGCAGUUUCA